AGUUGCAGGGUAAGUACGGAGGAGGCGGCGGUAUAGUGUCACUUAGCAGGGACCUUGAAGACUCCCUAAGCGCGGUGGGGAGAAUGGCGAGGCAGCUUCUUGAACAGCAGAAGGAAGCCGAAGAGGCCAAACGUGAGGCCGAGUUGAAGAUGAAGAAGGAUGAAGAAGAAAAAGCCGCGAAGGAAGAGGCAACAAAACUCGCUAUGGAUAAGAAGCUGGCGAAGGAAGCGAAAGAAAAGAGACGAAGGUGGGAGACUAAGAAGCUACUGGCAGAACAAGCCGAGGAAUUCGAGAUGAAGUUGGAGAAGAUCAUAGGGAUUAAUCGGAAGUUAAAAGGUUUGACGAUCGGAGCAAAAAAGAAGGGGAAGGCGAGUGCAACCCCGUCGGGGGGGUCGGAAGAAGGUGAUGUUGAUGAAGAGGAGGAGGAGGAAGCUACGCCGCUUAAAGACGAGAGGAAGAGACGAGACUCCACCGGGGCUGUCGAAAACAGCCCUCCCGUGGAAACGCCAAAGAAGCAGGGGAAGAAGGAAAGGGAGGAGACACCAGCAAGCCAAAAGCGAAAGACAAGAGGACGACCAACUAAAGCGGAAUCUCAGGCAGCACACGUAGCUAAGGGAGAAGAUCCUUGGGAAGGUGUGCUGAUGGGUGAAAAAUACGCGAUUGAGGCGGCGUAUAGGAAGGCGGUGAGAAAGACCAUAUCAUCGUUUUACCCAGAAACUCUGCAGGCGAUGUGCAAAGGAGCAGGUCUGCCUUUCUACGACGUCAACGAUGCGGUCGACACUCUGUCUAAGCUGCGAGUUGCGUACUGCUACAGAGGGAAGAAACCCUCUAGCUCAACCUCCAGCAAGCCGGGCGAAGAAGACCAGAUAAGGGGAGAAGUCCAAGAACCUCAAGGGGAGGACGUCGACGAGUAACUCCAACGGAUGGGACUUUCUGCUAAGAUUUUUGGAAGUACGUAAGUGGUGUAAGCUGAACCAAA